AUGAUGAGCAUCGUUGAGGAAGAGAUUCAAAAAGCACAGGAGGAGAGAGAAGAGGAGGGACACAAGCAUUGCCAGUUGCUGGAACAACUUAAAGCCGAGAAAGCCGACGAAGCUUCGAAAUUGCAGCUGGCUAUUACAGCAAGAGAUGCAGCAUUAGCUGACAAUCAACGGGUCAGGCACGAUAUCUGUGAGUUGCAGCAGCAGAUAGAGUCCACAAAUGCCGCUCUGCAGGAUCAGGUGCCGUGGAAUGAUAUUCAGCUGGUUUUGGAUCAGGCACACGGGGACAUGGUAUCGACGACCACUCGAUUUUGGAACACGAUCGAUGCCCUCCAGAACAGACGACUGGCAUCCUAUUUGCCAGGCUCCGGGGUGGUUCACGCGGACUGGGCCGAACGAAGCGGCCCGGCUACUCAGGGCCACGAUGUUCUCCUCAGCCUCUCUGAAUCGAAUGUCCCGCUUCCUAGUCAGCAGGAACCGUCCGCGACCAACCAACACGGAUCUCUCGUCUGA